GGGCGAGGGCGGCUUUCUUGCAGGGAAGAUGGCCGUGUUCGCGGCCGCGACAGCUUCACCGACUGACGGGGCUGCUCAGUCAUGUACAAAACGGAAGGAAGACGACCUUUCUAUUAAAGCAAUUACCAGCUAUUUUUCUCCAUUGGGGAAAAAUGUUGAGAGUGUAUUGUCACUACCAAAGUCUAAUAACAUAAUGGAUUAUUUUAAAAAAACUAUAAAUGAGAAUAUUGCUUCACCUCUACUAGAGCAGGAAAGCAAAGCAAACUCAGCCUCAUUGGAAAAUUCUUCAAGACCUCCAUCAAAACUUAAGUGGAGAGGAAAACGGAAUAACUUAAAUAAUAAAUUAAAAACUGAUAAAACACUUGAGCCUGAGCCUUUGGUAGAAUUGAAUAAGGAUAAUGAUAAAGAGACAACCAAUACACUAGAAGAGAACUGUAAGGCUAGUUUCAUGAGUCACAAUGAUGUUGCGUUAAAUAGCCUCACAAAUGGGGAAGAGACAUUAAAUGUUUGCAGUGAAGGCUCUCUCAAUGCAGUUAGUUACAAGAAUGAGAAAAGAAAAGCUAAAAUAGAAGGAAAUAUAGUAAAAUGUAAUGCAAAAAAAUUAAAAAGAAGGAACCCUAAAAAUGAAAUGGAUUUGUUUGAAAAUCCCACCACUGAUACACAGGCAAAAGAUUCAGGUAAAGAAACUAAUAAACAAAUUGCAUCCAUCACUGAAUCAGAAAAUAGAAGUUUACUACUUACUCCAGAUCCUGAGACUAAUGCACGGAUGACACCACAGUUAAAUGACAAUACUGUCACCAUAUCAUUUGAAGACUUCUUAAAAAGCCAAGGAGAAGACUUUGAACAGAUUCCAAGGAAACAGACAUCUGAGGAUUUUGUUGCCUCUGAUAAAACAGACGUUUGUCAAGGCACUCAACAUUUGCCUCUUAAGAAAGUGACCGUCCUUGCCCAAAUUCAUUCUGUCCCUCCAAAAUCUCUCCGGUCCCAGAAAAUUGCUUCUAUUUUUGUAAACUCAAAAAGCAAAGCCAAAAUUAAAAAGAGUCCAGCUUCUUCAGAAAUGGAGUAUAUUGAACAGGUGACUCAAAAAAGAAAGUCAAAUGUGGUGAUUGCAGAAGAAGAAUUAGAACUGGCAGUAUUAGAAAGUACAGCUUCAGAGACUGUGAAAUUGAAAUGCACUGCAGAAGAACGAUACCAGUUUAUGAAAGCUUUUAGACAGCCAGGAGCAGAGAUAGUAAAAAAUGGAGCUAAAAGGGGACCUAGUAAGCAGAAAGAAGUUGAAAAAUCAUCAAGCCACAAACUAGAAGGAGAAGAAUGUGAGGAUCACUCUAACCAAAACACUCCAAAUAAUGCAUUGAUAGCUUAUGGUAGUAGCACUGCCCAUGACAUUACUGAAAAAUGUGGUAGAACCAGAGUAAAAAAUAAAUCCAGAAAGCGGAAGGGCAUAGUGGAAGCAGAAGAGAAGGAUUUCAAUAGUAAUGAUAACCAGAACAAUAAUGCUCCUGGUCCAAUUAAUAGGACAACACCAACUAAGAAAGAAAGAGAAUUUUCUCAAAAAAGUAAGGGAUUGAGAAGACAUUGUCGGCAAAAAAGAAGCCAGAGUACACCGGAAAAAGCCAUGGUUUCACAGGCUGUUACUGAAAAUCCACCAGAUGCUCCCCCUCUGCAGACCUCUACUCCUAAAACAAACCGAUCCUUUAAAAAUGACUUGUAUACAGCUGAAGUGAUAACCGAGCCCUUUGAUUCAAACAGCCCAAUAAGAAUGAAGUUCACCCGAAUUAAUACUUCAGACAGAUUUACGCAGCAGAAUGUAAAGAUGAAUUCGACUUCUAGAAAUAUUUUCAAAGCAAAGAAAUUGGUUGAGAAAGCAAAGGCUGUACAGCAUAAUCGAAUAUCAAGAACUGUGGAAGAAGGGUCCCAUAUAUCUUUAAGACGUUCUUCUAGACAACGGGCUCUUGCUGAAAAGAAACAUUUAGAAAAAAUAGAAAAUUCGGAGGUUCUGGAUUCAGGCACACGGACUCUUACCACUGUUUCAGACCACACAGAAUAUCCUAAAAAACUCCAAAGUGUAAACGAUGUAUUGGGAAAAAAGACCAAAUUUGUGAAGGCAACUAAGAAGCCAAAUGGGAAGGAGAAAAUGUCUUUGGCAAUUAGGAAAAAACAUAAAAAAUCUAUGGAUGAAGCAAUUAUUAUGGUCAAAUCCAGUGAAGAUGAGUCUGAAAACUCGCAAGAUCACACUGAGUUCAAAGCAAGGCGGGAAUUUUUAAUGAGCGGUUUGCCAGAAUCGUUAAAGAAACAGAUUGCAAAAAAAGCAGCGGCAUUGGAAGCAUAUUCUGCAGCUAAUUCCUGUUUUCAAAAAGUGAUCCAUGUUCAGCAGAAGGACGACAGAUGCUCAAUGUGGAGAUUGGCACCCCUUUCUUGUUCCUUCUUAACUAAACUUAAGGACGUGAAUUCUGAAGUAACCGAUGUUGCAAAACUUACUCUUUCACUGGGUGAACUCUCAGUUUUAACUAUACAAUCUAACAGCAAUGAUUCUGCAGUUAUGGUG